GGCGAGGGGGCUGAUGGAACCGGUGCUGCUGCUGCUGUCGGGGGUUGCGGCGGUGGGGGCUGUGACGGAAGCAGCAGCAAGGCAGAUACGGAUAUGAGUGAUGAUGUCCGGGGCGGUAGCGGUGAAGGUGAAGGUGUGAGGGCUACUGCCACCGCUGUUCCCCUCGCCGCCGCCGCUGCCGUAGCAGUUGCAACAGAGACGGAGGCCUUGGGCUCUCCGUCCGUUACACGCGACCCAGAUGGCGACCCAGAUCCCAAACCAGAUGGAGAUUACGACCCAGAUUCCAAACCAGAUCAUGGAGAUGGCGACCCAGAUGGUGAGGACGCCGAGGUGGCCGCAGCACUAACGGCGGCCGCCGCUGCGGCUGCUGCCUGGCUGGCAUCGCGCUCCUCUCCCUCCUCCUCCUCACCCGCCACCACCUCUGCCUCCACCGCAGCCGGUGAGGUGCUCCGCAGCAACUUCACCCUCAUGGCGGAGGACGUCAGGCGUUACGACGGCCACCUGCUCUCCCCCGAGGAGCAUGCGCUGCUGUCGCGGCUGCUGGCGCUGCCGCCGCCCGCGCAGUGCCUCUUCCUGCGGCUGCUGCUGCGGGUGGGGCCCUGGUUCGCGUUGGGCAGCAUCUGC